AUGCAAGAACCCGCCCGGUAUGCGACCGACUGGCUGGCUGCCGAGAAGCUGCGGGACGAGGAGUGGUGGCAGCAGACGCUGGCGCCGCUGCGCAGGCUGGAGGCCGCUGCCAGCCUGGCGGCGGGUGCUGCCACCGGCGGGGAUGGCAGCCCAGACAGCGGCAAGGGGCUGGGGCCCCGGGCUGCCGCCGCGGCCAGGCGACGGCAGGCGGCGGCAGAGGCGGCGGGGCAGAGCGCGGCGCGGCUGGCGGCGGAGCGCGAGGAUGCGGAGCUGGAGGAGCGAGCGGCGCAGGCCCGCCUCAGCCUGCCCAGCACCAUGGAGGGCUUCCGCGCCCACUCGGCGUUUGUGCUGGAGCGCCACAUCCCGCGCUUCUGCGCCGUGAAGCCGGGGGCCGGGAAGCAGGGCAUGCACAGGGGCGAGCCCUACUUCCGCCGCUGCGACCUGGCUGACCUGCACACGGCCGCCAAGUGGCGCACCGACUACGGGCGGGAGGUGGUGCCGGGGGAGUUGGAGCGGCCCUACAAGCGGGUCAAGGGCAGGAAGAGGGCGGGGGCGGGGUCGCCGCUGACGCUGGACGGGGGGCCGGAGGGGGAGGAGGAGGAGGAGGAGGAGGAGGAGCUCGACGGCGGCGGCGCCAGCGUCCGGUCCAGCGACCCCUCCGCCCCCACCACGCUCCUGUACGGCAUCUGGCAGACGCGGGAGUGGGUGCCCGUGGCGGCGGCGGACGGCAGCAUCCCCACCAAUGAGCACGGCAACGUCGAGGUGCCGCCCCUGGCCAAAGUGAUGCCGGCGGGCCUGGUGCACCUCAACAUGCCCUACGUCGUCAACACCUGCAAGGCACUGGGCGUGGAGUAUGCGCGGGCGCUGGUCGGCUUUGCGCGCAACCGCUUCCCGCAGGUCGAGGGCGUGGUGGUGUGGGAGGAGGACCAGCAGCGAGUGGUGGAUGCCUACCUGCAGGCGGAGAGGGAGCGGGAGGAGAGGAAGCGGUUGCAGGCGGAGGCGGAGGCAGACGCCGCAUGGCGCAUGCUGCUGCGCGCCGUGCUGGCCCGUGUGCGCCUGCAGCAGAGCUACGGCCCGCAGCAGCAGCAGCAGCAGGCGGGGGAGGGGGCCAUGGCCGAUGCGGCGGCUACACUGGUGCAUCAAAGCGGGGCCGUGCCGCCAGCCAGGGCUGGAGCAGGCAAGAAGCGGGGUGGCGGGAGGAAGAGUGCGGCGACAGCAGCGGCGGCGGCUCCCACGGCAGCUGCCGCCGAUGUGGUUGACCUGGCCGGCAGCGACUCUGAUGAUGCCGCACCCACAGCCGGCACUGCGCCGCCCGCUGUGCUCGGCCUGGGCCUGCACCAGCUGCGCGGCAGGCUGGAGGCGCAGCUGUCGCCGGCGGGGCAGCGCCAGCAGCAGCAGCAGCAGCAGCAGCAGCAGCAGCAGCAGCACAUGGCCGAUGUACACCAGGAGGAGAUUUAG